CCUUUCUGCCUGUCAAGUGUUAACACUUUGCAUUCGUCUUUUCAUCAACCAUCGCCGGUGAGGCAACUCUCUGUCUUUCCAAAAAUGAUGGAGCUCAUAGACAUUCUUCUGAUCCUCUCAGCUUUCCUCUUCCUCCGUUACUGGUGGCGCAGCUGGUCCACCACCGGAGGCGGCCCCAAAAACCUCCCCCCAGGACCACCCGGCUGGCCUCUCGUCGGAAACCUCUUCCAAGUCAUCCUUCAACGCCGUCACUUCAUCUACGUUGUACGCGAUUUGCGGAAAAAGUAUGGUCCAAUCUUCACCAUGCAAAUGGGCCAACGUACGUUGAUCAUCGUCACCAGUGCCGACCUGAUCCACGAAGCUCUCAUUCAGCGAGGCCCUCUCUUCGCGAGUCGACCAGCUGACUCGCCGAUCAGGCUCAUCUUCAGCAUGGGGAAAUGCGCCAUCAACUCUGCCGAGUACGGUCCUCUGUGGAGGACGCUUCGGCGGAACAUGGUGUCGGAGAUGAUAACGCCGUUGAGGAUCAAGCAAUGUUCGUGGAUAAGAAAAUGGGCGGUGGAGGCUCACAUGAGAAGGAUCGAAGCUGAAGCCCAUGAAAAUGGCUUCGUCGAGGUCUUGAGCAACUGUAGACUAACGAUUUGUAGUAUCCUCAUAUGUCUCUGUUUUGGAGCCAAAAUCACUGAGAACCGAAUCAGAAGAAUAGAAAGCAUUUUGAAAGACGUCAUGAUCAUCACCCUUCCAAAGCUUCCAGAUUUCUUGCCCGUUCUAACUCCAUUAUUUCGUCGCGAAGUGAAAGAAGCGAAAAAGUUGCGAAAAACGCAAGUGGAUCUUAUCGCGCCCCUGAUAAGAAGCAGAAAAGCUUACGUGCAGAGCAACGGGGAGAUUAACGAGAAUUCCGAAAUGGUGAGUCCGAUCGGUGCUGCUUACGUGGACUCUUUAUUCGGGUUGGAUGUUCCAAGCAGAGGCAGGCUCGGGGAGGAGGAGUUGGUAACAUUAGUAUCGGAGGUUAUCAGCGCC